AUGAAAAGAAACUUUAGUUCAAACGAAACUCCAAAUACCGGAUUCUUCAACCAAAUGUUAAUUGGUUUAAUCUUAGGUGAUGGAACAUUAGUUAAAAAAUAUAAAAAUGGGAAUACUUAUUUUCAAUUUGCACAAAGCAUAAUUCAUAAAGAAUAUGUUAAUCAUGUUUUUGAUAUUUUUAAAAACCAAAAUUAUUGUCAUCUUACAUCAAUGCCAGAAAAGGAUGCGGUAUUUAAAGGUAAAGUUUAUAAAUAUUUUUCUUUCUCUACUAAAUCUCUUCCUGAAUUUAAUGCCUUAUACACUCUUUUUUACCCAGAAGGUACAAAAGUGAUACCAGCAACAAUUGGAGAUUUGUUAACACCUGUCUCUUUAGCAUAUUGGGUUAUGGACGAUGGUGGUAAAUGUGUUCCAGGGUUCCAUAUAAAUACAAAUGGAUUUACUUUGCCUCAUGUACAAUUCUUAGCUGACGUUCUUUCUGAGAAAUUUAAUUUAAAAUGCUCAGUUCACGGAAGAAAUAGAAUAUAUAUAUGGGCAAAAUCUGUUCCUCAUUUUGAAUCCCUUGUCAAACCAUAUAUCAUUCCAUCAAUGGUUUAUAAACUAACAGAAACUCCAGAGUAG